AUGGGAGAGUCGAUGGAAUUAGAAGGGCAGCUGUCUGGCUGUGUGGGAGUGCCGCAGCCGCUUCAGUGUCUGCAGGAGACUCCCGUGCCGCCGUUUCUUUCCAAGACGUUUGAUUUGGUGGACGACCCGGCGCUGGAUUUGAUCAUAUCGUGGGGUUCUGCUGGAGCCAGCUUCGUGGUUUGGGACCCUGUGGAGUUUUCAAGGCUCGUCCUGCCCCGGAAUUUCAAGCACAACAAUUUCUCCAGCUUUGUUCGCCAGCUUAAUACUUAUGUGGGUAUCUUGCGGUAGCUCAGCCUCUUUUGGCUGAUGUUAUCUGGUUUUCGCAAGAUCGAUACAGAUAAGUGGGAGUUUGCAAAUGAAGCUUUCCUGAGGGGCAAAAGACAUUUGUUGAAGAACAUCCAGAGGCGCAAGUCAUGUCAGUCCUUACAAAUUGGGAGCUUUACUGGUCCUUCUGCUGAAGCAGUUAGGCCAGGACUCGAAGGUGAGGUAGAGUCGUUGAGGAACCAGAGAAGUCUAUUGAUGCAGGAAGUUGUUGACUUGCAACAGCAGCAGCGAGGUACAGCUCACCAGAUGAAAACAGUGAAUGAAAGGCUGGUGUCUGCUGAGCAGAGACAGAAGCAGAUGGUUUCUUUCUUGGCCAAGAUGCUUCAAAACCCAGCAUUCGCAGCCCGACUUCAACAGAAGAGAGAACAGAAAGUAAUAGGCUCUCCUACUGGGCAGAGGAAAUUUGUUAAGGCGCGUGAGCGUGAAGUAGGUAAAUCUGAUCCUUAUGUGGAAGGGCAGAUUGUGAAGUACCAACCUGCUUGGAGAAUUCAUACCAUGUCAUCUGCAGUCCCAGAUGUAAAUGCAGUUCCUACUGAAAACCCUCCAGAUCAUGGUAUGCCAUUUCAAUUUGAGAAUGUUGCACUUGAUGGGUUAAUUGACUCAGAUGAACUAGAAGUAACACAAGGUUUUAUCAAAACACCAGAGCAAGAGGGUGAAGGAGCAUCAAGCAUAGUAACUGAAGAUCCACUUUCGAAAGGCAAGAGUGUUGUGACCCAACUGGAGGUUAAUCCCGAGCCUUGCAUCUCUUUCCAGGAUGAUUUAAUGAAGGAGAAGCCUUUUGAGGAACUCUCAUUUCCUGGGAUUGAGAGCAUGGUUAAACAAGAAGAUAUAUGGAGUAUGGGAUUUGAUGCCAGUGCUGGUAUGUCAAGUUGUAGCAGUGGCUUUUGGGGUAAUCCAAUCAACUACGAUGUGCCAGAGAUGGGAACGUCAGAUGGAUUGUUUGAUAUCUGGGACAUAGGUGCACUGCAAGCAGCAGGAGGGUCAGGCAUUGAUAAGUGGCCAGCUGAUGAAUCUGCAUUCGAUGAGCGUGCAAGUCAAGAUGGAUAGCCAAAAUAUGAUCUAGCUGAUAUUGAUCCAUAGAGCUGCAUCUCUUGCCCAUUUGCUGCCCUUGAGGAUCUUAGUGAUUUUUAGUUGCAGGGGUCUAUGAUUUGGACGAUUUAAAGAGGAAUAUAUUAAGUUUGACAUUCGUUAUCAUUCGCUUUUAUUCUUCAUUAUUUUUUUUUAUGAUUUUCAUUCUAAAAUUUAGUUGUUAUUAAGGUGGGGAACCUAUUCUUAUUUAUUUUGAGUUGCAUGCAUCACUUAAGGUUUAUUGGGAUUCAAGGUCUUCUUGCUAACAGAUAGUUUUCAGCUGUCAAAACUGCAGGUCUUUAACUCUUGAGAUGGGCAGUCUGCAAUCUGUUGUGAGGAAAUGGUCAUACUGGCCAGAUUGCCCUUUUUCAUUGUGUUAUAUUCCGGUAAGAUAUUUUCUUUUUAGGUAUAUUAAAUG